AUGCCACGUAUGUCGGACGAGGGGGACGACGACCUCCUCCUCAGCACGUACUCGGAGCACGAAGGCGUCCUCCCGACGGACGACGACGAGGACGCCCUUGAGUCCCCCGCCGGCUCCCGCGCCUUCACCUGGUCGCCGCCGCCGAAAUGGAGACGCCGGCUCUCGGUGCCCGGAUGGGAGGUCGGCGGUCGCCCCGUCCAUGCCGUCGUCGCCUCGGGCCUCCGCGCGUGCUUCGCGCGCCUCGAUGGCCUGCUGGCGCCGUUUCGGGUCCGGUCGCCGCGCGCCAUCAUCCUGCUGCUCGCGCUGCUCAAAUUCGCCCUCACGUGCAAGGGCAUGCUGCUCAUGAUGCCGCUGAUGCGCCUCAUCGAGGACGACAUCUGCCACAAGCACUACGGCCGGGACCCGUCCGAGCUGAUCCCCGAGAUGGAGUGCAAGGUCGAUGAGGUGCAGAAGGACCUCGCGUGGCUAGGGGGAUGGCAGUCGCUCAUCGGGGCCGUCGUCAACAUGCUUGUAGCGUUCCCUUAUGGUGUCUUGUCGGAUAGAAUCGGACGUAAGGCAGGCAUGCUGCUCGCCUACGUCGGCACCGUCUUCGCCUUCAGCUGGUCUCCCUUCAUCCUCGCCCGCUUCCCGGGGCUCAACAUCUACGUCCUCUUCCUCGGCUCAACAUUCUUCCUCAUCGGCGGCGGCAUCGUCGUCGUCUUCAACAACAUCUUCGCCAUGGCCGCCGAUGUCAGCACCGAGAAGGACCGCGCCUCCAACUUCGUCUUCCUGUCGGUCGGCGCCGUCGCCGGCGGCCUCCUCGGCCCGGUGACGUCCGGGUUCUUGAUGGAGCGCCACGGGCCCUGGGUGCCGAUCCGCCUCGUCUUCGUCUUCACACCGUUCGUCUUCCUCAUCAUGCUGCUGCUGCCCGAGACGCUCCGCGGCGGCAAGGCGUCGUCGUCGUUGUCGCCGCCGCCAUCGCCGGACGGCCCGCACAGGCAGCAGCGGCGGCAGGUCUCGUUCAGCGACGCGGUGAGGGAGGGGUUGGCCCACGGGCUGAGCGAGCUGCGGGAGUCGAUCUCGAUCCUUCGGAACCGCAACAUCCUGCUCUGCCUGGUGCCGCCGCUCAUCAGCAGCCCGCUCGUCGCCGCGCAGAUGCACACGCUGCCGCAGUACAUCAGCAAGAACUUUGGCUGGACGCUGGCGCAGACGAGCUUCCUGCUGUCGCCGCUCGGGCUCGGCCACCUCGGGAUCCUGCUCGUGCUGCCGUGGAUCUCCACGGUGGUCGUCAACCCGGCGGGCCGCUUCCGCCGCACCGGCUUCGGCAAGGAUGCGCUGCUCGCGAAAGCGUCGUACGUGAUGAUCGCCGGCGGCGCUCUGAUCGAGGCACUCAGCCGCGACAUCGUCGUCUUCCUGGUCGGGCUCGUGGUCGGCACGUUGGGAUCCGCCAGCGGGCCUCUCACGCGUGCGAUGAUCACGGAGUUCGUCUCGACAGAGCACACGUCGCGGCUGUAUGCGCUGACCAGCAUGGUUGACACGCUUGGGUCGCCGCUCGGUGGCCCGGUGCUCGCGUGGGCGUUCUCAGUCGGAUUGGAGAAGAAGGGGGGCUGGAAAGGGCUGCCCUGGUUCUACGUCUCGUUCUUGGCCACGUUGGCGCUGGCAGCGUUGGCGCUCGUGAGGGAGCCGAGGGAGAAGGGACCGGUUCACUUGGAGAGCGGGAACGGCAUGGAGGGGCUGGAUUAUGAGUCUGGCACAGAAGACGAUGACCUGUAAGAGGUGACAUGGUGCUGGAAUGUUUCCAGCGAGCACUAAGAUCGGCAUUUUCUGUUGGUGUUUCUGGAUAGAUAUGGCGGGAAUGGGCUUGGUAUUUCUGGAUGGAGUUAAUGAUCUAGACGGAUUUGCUUUGCGUUCGUCGGUCUCAUUGACACAUUGGCCGAUAUCACUGCGGAGGGCUUCCGGUUGCCAUGCGAACACCUCUCUCUCUCCAUAGGCGCCCAACGAAGUGCCCGAAACGUACUCAUGUUUGACUGGCCCAUGCAGCAUGGCAGAAGCAACGAGGUUGAUCCCGGGCGAAGACGAAGAGUGUGGAUUCGAGCAGCCUCGCUGGCGGAGGACGAAGAUGCCAGCAGCCAUACGACACGUGGCGGAUAAGAGGAAAAGAAUGAAGACCUUGAAGCAAGGCUUACCUGAAGCGCAUCAAUAUGGGAAAUCGGAAGACGAGAAGGGGGCUUCUCGAUAAUGCAAAUGAGGGGUCCGGUUCGUCCAACAUGUUUCUGGCAAUGAUACGAGUCAAUGCGCAUGAAAUUACGCACUUCAGGGUCGCU